UACCCGGACUCAGUUUUGUUUAAACGCUGGGGUGCAGAUUUAAGUGAAGAGGAGCAAACUGUUGCACAGAAUUUGUUCUUAAGUUAUGGGUAUAAUGUUUAUCUCAGUGAUCAUCUACCUCUAGACCGACCUAUCAGAGACACCAGAUCUCCCAGCUGUAAAAUGAAAACAUAUCCGAAAGACCUUCCAACACUCAGUGUUGUACUCAUAUUUAUAAAUGAAGCACUGUCAAUCAUCUUACGUGCAAUUACUAGUAUAAUUAACCGAACACCUUCUCAUUUAUUGAAAGAAAUCAUCCUGAUAGAUGAUUACAGUUCAAAUGAUGAUCUGAAAGAACCUUUGGAAACACACAUCAAAAAUUACAAUGCAAAAUAUCCUGGACUGCUGAAGAUCAUCAGACAUCAGAAAAGACAAGGCCUAACGCAAGCCCGGAUUUCUGGCUGGGAGGCAUCAACUGCAGAUGUUGUUGCAAUUUUGGAUGCCCAUAUUGAAGUGAACACAGCAUGGGCUGAGCCUAUUUUGUCACGAAUAAAAGAAGAUCGCACUGUUAUAAUAUCACCAGUAUUUGACAAUAUUCGGUUUGAUGACUUUGAGCUUCUUCAGUAUUCAGUGGCUGCAGAUGGAUUUGACUGGGGGCUCUGGUGCCUUUAUGAACCUUUACCAGCUGAAUGGUAUGCUCUUAAAGACGAAACAGCUCCAGUCAGGAGCCCAUCUAUAAUGGGGAUUCUUGCUGCAGAUAGGAAAUUUCUGGGUGAGAUUGGUGUACUGGACGGUGGAAUGCACAUAUAUGGCGGAGAAAACGUGGAACUUGGCCUGAGGGCCUGGCAGUGUGGAGGUAAAGUAGAAGUGCUGCCCUGUUCAAGAAUCGCUCAUUUGGAAAGAGCUCACAAGCCUUACUUGCUAGACUUCAGCAUCGCGGUGAAACGCAACGCCUUGAGGGUAGCUGAAGUGUGGAUGGAUGACUACAAGUACAUGGUCUACUUUGCAUGGAAUCUUCCAAUUGAGAAUCAUGGAAUAGACUUCGGAGAUGUUUCUUCCAGAAAAGAGCUAAGGAAAAAACUGAACUGUAAAGGCUUUGACUGGUACAUAAAAAACAUUUACCCUAAUUUAGUAUUUCUUCCCAACAUUGUUGGCUAUGGAACAAUGAAAAACACGUUGAAAGAAGACAUCUGUAUUGAUCAAGGCCCUGUCCCUGGAAACACGCCGAUUAUGUAUCCUUGUCAUGCAUACUCACCACAGCACAUCUUUUUUCACAGCACUGGAGAAAUGUAUGUAGGAGGUUUACGUGCCCGACGGAAUACAGUUGAUAGAUGCCUAACAGACCCUGGGAAUGGGGACCUGCCAGUUUUAGAGCAAUGUAACAUAGCUGUGAAUAAAGGCCUGAACUUGUACUGGGAUUUUAAGCAGGGAUCAGCUGUAAUCAACAGAAGCACUAAAAGAUGCCUCGAAAUUGUAGAAGACAAUGCAGUUUCAUACAGACUUGUUAUGCAGACCUGCACAGGACAAAGGUGGAAUAUCCAACACACAGUUAAGGACUGGGGAAAGAUAAAAGACCUGGAAGAGAAGACACAGAACUCAAUGCAUUGACUAGAGGACAUUUCUCUUUGAGAAUUACUACAUUCGUAAUGCAGCACUGAAAGCAAUGAUUUCAAGAGUUGGUUUACAUGGGAUUUUACAAUGUAGUAGUUAUUGCAGGAGCUUUGAGCUACUCACGCACAGGUGCAAGUUCAUCUCCUCACAUUCUUGGGCCAUCACCCCCCUGAGCUUCCUCAGUUAGGAGAAGGAUUGUCUUUGCUCUCUUUUAUUAUCACUGGAGAGAAGCAGUUAUGUCUGAGUCUUUAAACCCACCUGAGUUCCUUACAUUGCCUUUUGGAAGUGCCUAUCUCUUGCUCAUUAAUGAAAGACCGGUGUAAGGUCUCUAACUUUGGCAUUUUGAUUAGAUAUGAAAAUUCAGAAGAAACGAAAGUUAGUGACUUCCUCUUGUACACAGAGUUUAUCUCAGGCUGAAUUGGAACAUUUUUCUUGGCUUGUGUCAUAUAAAUAAUGCAAAACUUCUUGUCGAGAUAUGCUCAUGCUAGUGGGUGAAAUGAAAUAUAUCCUUGUUCUUCUGUCCCUUUAAUUUCCCUGGACAUGAUUUAGUUUCUCAGUAAAGUUUAAUAGAUUCAACCAUGUGCCACACUAAGGCUGUUUUGUUUUUACCCACGUGAAGUUGGUUCAUGCUAGCCAGCCGAUGACAUGGACAAAUUCCACUUGGAAACCAGGGAAUUCAACUCAGUGGUUUCCACAAAUAAUGCAAGGCCAAUGCAAUAGCAUAGGUCUGUCGAAGAAACGGAGUAAAAUACGGCAUGAGUUGCUAAUGGGAGGCAACUUCCAGUAGACAAAAUAUGAGUUCUUGUAGAAAUAGGCUUAGGUGGAACUGGCUGUCAUACUUCUUAGAGUAAACACUCCAAGGACCUACAUUUAUUUG